AUGAGCGCCCUCAACAACCCUCUCGCUCUUCUCUGGGCCCUCCUACCAAGAAUCCCUCUCAUCCUGCGAACGGCCCUUCUCCAUGGCAUCGGCCAGUCGCCAGGCGCAGGCAAGCAGGACCUGCGCACCGAAAUGACCGUCACUGUCCUCCGGUCAUUCAUCACGGGUCGGCGAACCCCCGUUGGCAAACAACAAAAGGGAGCGAUGCACGAUCCUGGGAUAAAGGGUCCGCUGUGGGUGUCAAAAGUGAAGAUUCCACAGCCGGAAAUGGAUGUGCAGGACGCGGUCAUAAAAGCGAUCGAGGAGCUGAAAGUGAGCGGCGAAACAUAUGAUAUCCCUGGUGUUGGACCGGUUGAGGCCGAGUGGACGGGGUAUCGCAGGGGCGUGGGCAAGAAUGCGCCUGAACCGGAGCUGUCGGAGGAGCAGAAGUAUACCAAGUUGAAGAAGGAGAAUGAUGCCGAUAUGGUUGUUCUGUACUUCCAUGGCGGCGCAUACUACCUUAUGGACCCCUGCACCCACCGGCCGGUCGUGUCACAAAUCUCCAAGCGUACAAACUCCCCCGUCCUUUCCGUCCGCUAUCGUCUCGCCCCUCAGAACCCCUUCCCCGCCGCCCUUGUCGACGCUCUUACCGCAUACCUAUACCUCGUCGCACCCCCUCCAGGCUCUCUCCACAAUCCUAUCGACCCCAGCAAGAUCAUUUUGGCCGGCGACUCCGCGGGCGGAAACCUCAGCCUCGUCCUCCUUCAGACCCUACUCACUUUGCACCGCACCUCCACGACCGUCAACUUCCACAACAUCGCGGUUACCAUCACUCCACCCGCAGGCGUCGCCGUCUCUUCCCCUUGGUGCGAUAUCUCCCGGUCCAUGCCCUCCAUCCGCAAAAACGCGCCCUACGACUUCCUCCCAGCACCCUCCCCCUUCUCAUCCUCAGAAGCAAACGGCGAGCCAUUCCGUCCACCUCCAAUUCCCGCAGACGCAAUCUGGCCUACCAACCCACCGCGCGUCGACUACUUUGUCAACGCCUCGGCGAUCCUCCACCCGCUCGUCUCGCCCCUCGCAGCUCUUCCGGAUCUCUGGAAGAACAGUCCCCCAAUCUACAUCUCCACCGGUGAAGAAGGCCUAACGGACGAAGGUCUCGUCGUCGCGCGGCGCAUGCACGCCGCUUCCGUCCCGGUCAUCGCGGAACAAGUCGAAGGCAUGCCCCACUGCUUCGGGAUGAUGAUGCCCGGCCAUCCCGCCGGCAAAGCCUUCUACGACUCCAUGGGCUUGUUCUGCGUCGACGCUGUCGCGGGGACCGUCAAGGAUCGUGCGGAUGGGAAGUUAAAGUUCUUCGCUUUCAAGCCGGAGAAUAACAAGGAGAUCCCGCUUAGUGAAGUCGCGAGCCACUUGCCGGAUAGUGAAGUCGAUAAGCUGUUAGCGGACUCGAAGGAGUGGCGUGUGAAAGGGGAGAAGGUCUUAGUGGAUGGGUGGAGUGCUAAGAAUGAGAACCGGGCGCGGUUGUAG